GUUGUCAGGGCGAUCGUGUUUAACUACACAAAAGAAAUGUACCUAAUUUAAUAACAAAAUGUCAAAUUCAAGUGAUAUAUGAUAAAUUAAGUGUUAUAGCUGCUAUUAAGUUGCGUAUUUAUAAAAUUCGAAGCAAUUAAAUUGGAAAUCAUACAGAUAUAUUUUGACAUGCGGAUUUUAUUAUUUGGCAUGCUGCUGUAAUUUAUGUGGCAACCCUGCCUGAUUUCCGCAUCACGCUCGUCCUUUUACUUUGGCCGCCCUGUUUGGGUCACUUUGUACACAAAAUUUACAAUCAAAUUUAGCAAAAAUCCUGGAUAAGCGAUGCUGUCAACGCACUUCCAGUAGACUGUGAAUCCUAUUUUGCAACGUACUGUAGUCACGCAUCAGGCUAACACAAUGAAUCCUGUUGCACCUAAUAGUAUUACAAUAUGCCUUCCGCCCUCACUAAGUCUGUCUGAGAUAAAUGCUGACAAUCUGAGAAAUGUUGUGGAAGCUGCGUGUCAGGGCUCACAUGAUGCAUUCAACCAAGAUGGAGAGAUCAUUCUCUACGUCAAGGAGCAGGAUAUGGACCUGGACCCUCAGUACAUUUAUGAGCAAGUGGGCCCUGAGUUUCCAGAGAAACUGGAACAAGGUAUGUUAAUUGAUCCAAUGAGUGACAUCUCAGAGUCUACUCUAAUUCAGCUUCAGGAGACGGGCUUGCUACCCCAGGAGACAAUAAUGCUGCCAGCUCAGGAUAGUGUCAUGAGCACUGGUUUACUCCCCCAACCAGACACGAACAUUAUACCUGUCCACUCCAGCGACCAACCUGUUGAAAUACAAGAAAAAAACUAUGUUUUCCCCCCAACCAAUUUUGUCAAGGCCAGUGUUUCCCCAAAGCUAGAGACUAAAACUUCUGGUGUGACCAAAUUGCCCUUUGCCCCCAAGAAUCCCGUCACUCCUAAAAUAGAAGUGGAGGAUGAGGAUGAUGAAGAGGCUGAACCAAUCAAAAGUGGACCUGUCAAGUUUGAUUAUGAAAAGUUAAAAAAACAAAAGUUGACGGGACCCCAGGGUUCAAAGAUAUUUGGCUGUAAUGUGUGCACCUACAGGUCUGCCACAAGAACCCUGCUGAGACAGCACAUGAUCAUCCAUGCUGACAAGAAGUUCCAGUGCAAAGAGUGCAAGUACCGGUGCCACACUGCCAGCCAUUUGAAGCGCCACAUGUUCACACAUUCUGAGAGCAAGCCCAUCCUCUGCUCCCAGUGUGGCUACUCCUGCACCCAAAACUUCCAGAUGAAAGCUCACCUGAUCCAGCAUGAAACAGACACUCCUUUUGUCUGUAAAAUCUGCAGUGCUGUCUACAAAAAGGAAGAAAGCCUGAAGGUACACAUGCUGGGACAUGAGAACGUGACCAAAUUUCGUUGUGCCCAGUGUAACUAUGCAGGCAAUCGCUAUGGUGAUUUCAAGAGACAUGUGCUGACCCAUUCCAGUGAGAAACCUUUGAAAUGUACAGUUUGCAGCUACACGUGUAUACGUCAGUGGAGGCUCAAAGCUCAUAUGAAAAUUCAUUCCCAGGAUAAACCACUGCUGCGGUGUGAUUUAUGUGACUUUACAUGCCUGAGUGCACCUCGUCUUAAAGACCACAAAGUUGCACAUACAAAUGAAGGGGUCAUCAGGUGUGAAGAGUGCAACUAUGUCUGUACCCAGCCCUCGCGUUUGAGGCGCCACAUGAAGACCCACACAGCAGCCCCACAGAAGACCUACACUGGCACCACAUUUCCUCCGGCAUACCAGCAGAAAAUGGAGCUGGAGCAGGCAGAAGCUGAGGCCGAGGCUAAUAACCCAACUUCCUAUCUGAGCAUUCCCACUGGCCAGGCUCUAGAGAUGGAGGCUGACUGGGGUACAGAGCAGCUGGACGAGGAUCAGUUCAGCGCAUUUGCUGCGUUUGCUGGCAAACAACUGGGAGAGACCUACACCAUCACCACCACAGAUGGUGGCCAGACAUACAUCAUUCAGACAGAUUCGCCAGAACAGUUUGCUCAGCAGCUUGCCCAGGCACAAUUUGAGCAGGUCCAGCAGAUAGACAACUUACAAGAAUCCGUUCCAGAUUUCCAUGAAAUUCAGGAAGAUGUCAAACCAAGCCCCUCCAAAUUAAAACUGUUCAGUACACCGGAUGCGCCUCCAGUCAACAAGCCCCCCAUCAAUCAUUCAAAGUCCAAAAGGUUCCACUGUGAGCUGUGUGACUUCUCAUGUGACUAUAAAUCUACAUUUUCAGCUCACCAGAAGAAACAUUCUACCGUCAAGAAAUACAAGUGUGCCCACUGUGAGUACAUGUGUAAUGACACGUCACGCAUGAAGGAUCAUCUGCUGUGUCACACUACUGAUAAAAUGUUUACUUGUACGCUGUGUGAUUUCUCCUGUAAGCGUAAAAUGGGCCUGAAAGAUCACAUGAAAGUGCACACAGGAGAGAAGCCAUACCAGUGUAAAGAAUGUGAAUAUACCUGUCGUUCAUCUGAAGGGCUCAAAUCUCACAUGUCCAAGCACUUUGGUGUCAAGCCUUACACCUGUGAACUGUGUGGUCAAGGAUGUUCCUCCGCUUACCUCCUGAAGAAACACAAGUUUAUCCAUGGAGAAAAACCCCUCCAGUGUACAUACUGUGAGUACAAGUGUAUCCAGAAAAAACAGCUGACAAACCAUUUGCUGCAGCACAAGUAUCAGCACCCCUUCUGUUGUAGUCUGUGCAGCGCCACCUACAAGAAGGAAGAAAGUCUGAAGAUUCACAUGAUGUCCCACCAGAACAUCAAGAAAUUUGCCUGCAACUUGUGCAACUACGCAGGCAACCGCGCAGCAGAUUUCCGCAGGCACAUGUUGACACACUCCAGCUCUAAGCCCCUCCAGUGCCCACAGUGCUCCUACUCCUGUAUUCGCCAGUCACGAUUGAAGGCCCACAUGCUUAUUCACUCACAAGACAGGUGCCUUAAUCGCAAGCCUGGAGUCCCCCAACCUAAGGCAUAUCGCUGUGCAUUCUGUGAUUUCUGUUGUACUCGUACAUCCAGGCUAAAGUCUCACUUAUCAAAGGUGCACCUUGAUUUGCCGGACAAUGUCAUCUUCAGCAUAGACUUUAAACAAAUUGAAACUCAGUAAUUUUCUCUCUUCUAUGUAGUAGUUUUUGACCACUUAUUACGUGAUACCCAUUUUUUUUCUUUUCUUUCUUUAUUUUGUUAAUGAAUGUACAUUUUUUUUCUGUUACAUUAUAUCAAUAAAAGCAAUGUUACUAAACUUACGUUAAAUAAUCACACACGUUUCUAAAUA